AGCAAGUUGUUUUUAUUUUACUUGCAACUAUGAGGAAACGAAACAAAAUCUUUACUGAGUUAUGUGCAGUAGGAGUGUCUGGGACAGUAUAAAUAAUCUGCAAUCACCCUUCUGAACAUCAGGACUGGUUCCCUAUCACCCCAACCAAUUGGAAACAGACGAAAGAAUCAUUCCCUACUGAAGGAACGUAAGCUAUCUCCCAGCAGCACGUGUCUCAGGGGGCUUGACUGUGACUGUUUAUAAUUGAAAAUGGAAACCGGCAAGUACGUUCCCAAUUCUGAACAAGGCAAUACCUAUUUGGAUACUACCCUGCUAGACUCCCUGCCCUGCCUGGAGAUCUUAUAUGCAAAUGAAUGUGAGACUUUGUCAGUCUGUGAUGACGUUGCAACCAACACAGAGGCCUACUUCUACCGUGGGGGACAGGUCCAGUGGCUCAACUUCUACCUGGCUGAGAAGAGAGCAGGACUGGGUGGGCCACUGAUGUCAUCCUUCAUCACGAGGGACGGACAUGCCAGUGUUGCCAUUGAAGUGAAAAGGCAGAGGCAGAGCCAUCUGAGCUUGUCCUCUGUGAACCUCUUCCACGAGCCAGGCAGUGGGGGGACCACGCUGGCCAUGCAGGUACUGUGGGACUUCCGGAAGAGUCUUCGGUGUGCAGUGCUGAGGGACAGUGAAGCUAAGAUCCAGGAAAUUGCACGCCAGAUCAUUGCCCUCUUCCAGGCGGGAGGGCCAAAGAAUCAGAAUACCGUCCUCCUUCUCAUUGACAACCUGCCCAUGGCAGACAUUCUUCAGAGCAGCCUGGUUCAGUGUAUAGCCAGCAGCAGGGUGGAUGGAAACAUCCCUGUAGUCAUCAUUCUGAACUGCAUCAGAAGUGACCGCCAGUGCAAGGCUGACAUCACCUGUCGCAUGGAGCUCUCGGAUGGUGAAAAGGAUCAAUUUAUUGAGAAGGAGGCCUCGGUGCGCCUGUCCCAUGGACAGAAUUGUGAGGGAUUCCAUGGCUUCAACAUCAUGGGAAACAAUUUUUCGGAGGAGUAUGUGAAGAAAGUGGUCAGCCCUAUCCUGAAUGAUGUGCAACCUUCUGCUAAGAACACCAAACUUCUUUCAGUUUUGGCACUUUUGAACUCCUAUGCCCCUGGAUCCUCGCUGUUAAAGUCAGAGUGCCAGGCCUUCUUGGGACCCCCAGACCCCAUUCAUGGGGGCCCAUCCUUUGAAGAUCGGAUGGAGCCUUUUACAGGACUAUUAGUUACCUUUUCAAGACGAAAGAAUCUGGUCAGUCAAGAUUUUGUCCGAAUGGCUCACCCAUUGAUAGCUACUUACUGCUGUCAGGCCCUUCAGGCUGCUGGAUUGACGUUGGGUCAGACGACAAAGACACUGAUCAAGGAUUUUGACAAGGAACAGAGGGGCAGACCCCUACCACUGACUAUACAUGCCCUGCUGGUGAACAGGACGACAGGGAAGCAGUUUUCUCCCCUUAUUGAGGACCUCAGAAAGAGAAAACCUUUGGACUGUGAGUUCAUUCUUGAGUCAGUUUACAAGAAGUACCUUCGCAAUGCCUUUGUACUGCAGGUCCUGGCCCGUUUCCUUUACCUAAAGAAGCAGGACUAUUCAAAGGCAGAGAAAUGGGCCCGGGAAGCUAAGAGAAUACUACCAAACAACUCCUUCAUUGCAGAUACUUUGGGGCAGCUUCAUAAACACCAUCUGCAGAAGAAUAAGCCUGACAGUCUGUGCUUGCAACUGGAGCUGGUGAAAAGGGCAGUUGCUGCAUUUGAGGAGCAGUGGAAAGUGGCAGAGGGGGAGGAUGAGGCCAGGUCAGAAGAUGCUGGGGGCACAACGCGGAAGUCGUUCUUCUUCAACUGCAGCGGCCUGUUAGGCUUUAUGCAGGUCGCCCGGUUUGUUGUCAUUGACAUGCGCAUAUGCCUUUCUUCCCAGGAAGCCAAAGAGAUGGUCAUGAUGCUGACAGCAAAAGUUGACUUACAAUGCUGCAUGGUCACCAGUAAAACACUCUGGAAAUUUAAGAGCUUGCUUAUUGGCUUCAAGGACAAGGUUGAGAGUACAUUCAGUUUUUUUGAGCGCUUCCUCACAUACUCAGAACGGGACAGGGACCUAUCUUAUACACGUGACAAUGUGACGUCCUGCUAUGUCGCGUUUGCAUUCAUAGAAAAUGAGUUCGGCAGAAAGGGAACAGAUGGGAUUCGCGGAGAACUCAAAAAGAAAACCGCUGCCAGCUUUCCAGGGCUGCUGCACUGUCUGGAGAUGAACAAAACGAUUGAGGAGAUAACAGAGAUCACAAAGAUGUGGAAAGAGGUUGUGCACCCCCCCUCACCUUCUGGGCCCCUCUCAGACACUCUGUGCUACCUGCUUUCAAACAUUGCUCUGAGCUGUGUGGAUCCAGAAUCGGAAGACAUCCUUCCUUUCACAAUCCUGACGUCCAUUCUACACAGCCUGCUAAAGGAGGAGCAUGGCCCAGACCAUGAAACGGAGCUGUAUUUCCUGGCCUUGGUGUUACUGUGGCCAGGCAACAGUGAGAGGAUCCCCACUCAUGUUGAGGGUCAACAAAACAGAAACCCUGGAGAGGAUGACUCUAACCUAAACAUCUAUGUGACAAGGCUGCAAAAGGCCUAUGAGAAGUGCUACCACAGGCACCUUCGCUCGCGUUACAUUCGGCCUCACUUCUUCCUGAGGGAAGGGACGGAGUAUGGCCGGCUGGUCCACUGGUCUACGGUCAAGCGUUGGGUCACAGCCAGUGCCAAGUAUGAUACACAGGAGAGCAGAGCCUUUCACCUGUGGAUAAAUAAAGCAGUCUGGGAAAACGCUCAACUCCUUCGGGUUCAAGGGAUCAUCAAGGACCGAAAAAUGUUUGCCUGUGUUGGUCAGCGGGAGGUUCUGGUCCAUCCUGACAACGUAGCCCAGGUUCGCUCUCCUGGCCGUGUUUCAUUUUACUUGGGAUUCAACAUCAGAGGGCCAGUGGCUUUUGAUAUUCAAUAUUCAUCUGGUCCAGUUCAGCCACCUUUGUAAGACUGACUGCAAAAAAAAAAACAGUCCUGUAGAUACCCCACAACUGACUAAAAUUACACCUGAGACUCAAAAGCAAAGCUUAUUUUCAGAGAUAGAUGCAGAGCCGGUUAAGAUGCGAGGGUUUGUAAAAGUCAAGGUAAACAAAGAAAUGCCCCCUGAUGAUGGUGAUUAUUAGUGAUGCCAGGGAAUUAAAGUCAACCGCCUCAUAUCCUCUCAAAUUGUAUAAAUUGUAAAUUGUAUAGUAUAGUAGCAUUUGGAGGAUCCACUACAUUUUGUCAUUGGAAGAAUUAUGUCAACAUCUAUUUGUAACAUAUAAAAAUACUGAUUAAAAGACAAAUUCAGCAUUCAACAUUAA